UAAAAUCAAUUUAAAAUUCAAAACAAAUUAGCGAGCAUCGUUUUUUAUUUUAGUUAACGAUUUCAAGCGAAAUAAAAAAAACUAAAUAAUCACAAUUUAGCCCUUAGUUUUCAAUGAGUAUAUAAACCUGACCAUCAUCUCUAGAGAGACAUCAUUUUUAAUUGUUACUUCAUUGAACACAGACAAAUCUGAAUUCUAAAUAAAUUUAAACAACAUGAAAUUCAUUUUGGUUUUGUUCAGCAUCUUUGCUUUGAUUUUUGCUUCAGUACAUGCUGUUGACAAAUCAGCCUGCUCUCAACCCAAAGAAAUUGGUCCCUGCCGCAAAUCUGAUUUGCAAUUCUACUACAAUGCCGAAACAAAGGCCUGCGAACAAUUCUUCUAUGGUGGCUGCCGCGGCAAUGACAACCGUUUCAACACCCAAGAAGAGUGCGAGAAAUUGUGCCUUUAAACCUAUCUUUGUGUUGUGAUUUAAACUGAGUUUAUUUUUAAGUUUUUUGUUAUAAAUACAUACAUUUAAUUUUUUAUUUUAAUUAUCAUUUUUUUAAAUACAUUUUUAUUAUUACGUAACUGA